UUUAACAUUUCUCUUGAACGCUCAUGUUCGUCCUUUUGUAAUUAUUAUUUUAUUUUAGUUGUAUUUUACAGAUAAGUCACUCACUACUAAACAAAUUCCAACAUGUUUACGACACUUUAGUCUAACAUACGGCCGUUUCCUUGCGUUGCUAGGUGUAUUCGCUAAGCGUCUUGCUUGUGGUUACUAUGGCUACCAGCCUCAAACUAGUCCGUUAGCUGCGCUGCUAGCUCGCCUGAGAACUUAUCUUAGCGUCUGAUAAAUUUGCGUUUUCUUUUCACAGACGUUAUUCCCCGUUUUUCGUGUGUUUUGAGUUAUUUUAGACCCGCGGACAGAAAUGUGUCGCGACAGUUUUCUCCCCGCAAACGAGCUGUGUGAAUGAGAUUGUGGAUACAUGAGUUCCAGAAGCUCUACAGAGAUGGGGGACGUCUUGGCGAAUGAAGCCGAUCUCCUACUGAUGAUCAGAGAAUACCUGAAGUUCUGUGAGCUGGAGGAAACAGUGAAGAUCUUUGAGAAGGAAUGCAAGAGCAAAGGAAAACCUGUGCCAAAAAUACGCAGCAGUUUAACUGAAGACUCCAAAACGUUAACCAUACAGAAAGAUCUGCUCAGCUCGUUUGAUGAUGGAGAGAUGAAGGUUUUCUUCGAGCUGUGGACAGAAAACGUGCCUGCACAUGUCAGUGACAGCGACCCUGGCAUACAGAAACUGGAGUUCUACCUGCACAUUCACUUUUCCAUCUAUCCACUGAAGAACUCUGUUGGAAAGCAGGAUAAAGCUGAGUUUGAUGAGCGGAUCAGUCAUUUUAAACACUUCUUGGAGACGAGAGGAGCAGCGCUGAGCCAAACCACUGAGUUCCUGCCAUUUUACGCUCUGCCUUUCGUUCCCAAUCCUGUAGCACAUCCGUCCUUCAAGGAGCUCUUCCAGGACACCUGGACUCAAGAUUUAAGAAAAAAGCUUGAAAAAGCUUUGGUCUCGACCCUGAAAGCAUCAGCUACACCGAGGCUGCUCGCGUUAUACAGAGAGAGCACAAACAGCAACAGAGAGCGCAUGAAGCAGCUAGCUGAAGCAGAGAAGCAGGUUUCAGCAUACAUGAAGAAGUUCAGUAAGAUCCAGGCUGAUUAUCACAACCUCAUCAGCGUGACUGCUGAACUCGUGGACUCUCUUGAGGCUACCGUCAAUGGGAAAAUGAUUUCUCCUGAGUAUCUGCAGAGCGUGUGUGUGCGCCUCUUCAGUGGACACAUGAGCCAGAGUGUCGCUCAGAGCAUUGAUUUUACACGACCUGGAACAGGAUAUUACUCUAUGACUCCUUAUGAUGAUGGAUAUGCCUCGUCCAUGUUACGAGCAUCCAUUGCAGCACAAAGGAAUAAAGACGUCCCACUGCUGCCCUCACUGGACUAUGACAAGCUGAAGAGGGAUCUGAUCAGUGGAUCGGACAGACUGAAAGCUCUGCUGCUGCAGGCCCUGCGCUGGAGGUUGACACGCUCAGUACAGGGUGAGCAGAGAGACACAGUUCUACAGGCCUUCAUCAGUAACGACCUGUUAAACUGCUACACCACUAAACAGAAAUCUGUCGUUCACCUCAUCAGAUCGAAGAAUGAGACAGUGAGGCAGUACACAGCUCGCCUCCUUAACACCUUCGCCUCCCUGUCUGAGGGUCGUGUGUAUCUGUCUCAGUGUUCCUCUCUUCUAAAGCUGUUAGUUGAAUGUUUGCAGUCAGAGAAGGACUCGGUGACCAGAGAGAAAGUGUUGGGGGCGCUGCAGAAACUCAGCCUCAGACGGGUCCAUCAGUCGGCUCUGAUCAGAUUGGGUCUGAUAUCAUGUUUGGUUGAUGAACUGCAGGACUCGGACUCUUUAUCAGAUUACACAGUGGAGUACGCUGUAACUCUGCUGAUGACCCUCUGUCUGCGCACUCAGGGAAAGAGAAAAUGCGCAGAAAAAGCCAAACAAGUCCUGAAGGUUCUGACUGACCUGUUGGGACACGAAAACCACGAGAUCCGUUACUAUGUAAAUGGAGCUCUGUACAGCAUCCUGAGUGUCCCGACAUUACGACAAGAGGCCAAAGAAAUGAGUUUAGAGGAAAUCCUGCGCUGUUACAUGAAGGAGGAAAAUCCUGAACUGAACAGACAGAUGGAGUUCAUCAUCAAACAGCUCAACUCAGAGGAUACACCCAAAGAUGAGUUGGAGUCAGGGGAUGAAGAGGAGGAUGAAGAAGAUGAGGAGGAUGUGAUGGAGCCAGAUCUGGAUAAAGAGGAAGAUCUCCAGCCUCAGCCUAAAGAGCUCUCUGGAGAACACUUACUGACUACAGAGUAUCUGGGAAUUAUGACCAACAUGGCGAAGGUGAAGAGAUGGAGUGCACAAGCCUCUCAAAGCACAGAUGAGCCUCUCAGGAGACCCAUUAAACUGAACUCACACAGAAACUCCGUUGCUGCCCCUGACAGACUCGACUCCUCCUACAACUCUCGCCCAAGUACCAGUGACUCCAUUCGCCGUACACUGGAUUCUGUCUGGCGCUCUUCUCAGGAAUCAGUAGGAUCGGAGGUGAACACCCACUCACACAGUGAUGUCACCAGCAGCUUCACUGGCCGACCCACAAUCCCGCGCUCCACUGGUGCUGAAAUAGGGGGCGGGGUCCUGCCGAAGCUCAGCCCACUCGGCCCAAAUUUCUCCCACAGAGAACCACAACAGAGCAUCAGCAAACCGAACAGCGCUACACACACAUCACACAGUGUGCAGUCUAACAGGAAGUGAAGAGAAGCUCUGCUGAUGGACAUGCAGCUUCCUGUAACAUCAUUCCUUCAUCUUAUCAGGCCAAGAUAGACGAGUACAGGAGGAACAAAGCUGCUGUUUGUGGUCUGCGUGCUGUUUCAGGUUGACUGAGCCGCUAUGUAACCCAACACCACAAUAACACCUUUAUCAUCAGCACCACAGACUCCGUCCCCUCACCUUCACUCUGCUCACUCCUCACACUGCGGCGCUUUACACGUCACCUCGUCACUUUAAUAAAAGAAAUACUUCAACUAAUGUGGAACUUUUUAAACCAGUUUGUUUAGGAUCCAAUGCUGUAUAUCUAAUUUCUGUCUGGUUUUUAUUUUAUAUUUUUUUGCCUCACAGUUGUUGUUUUUUUUUUUAUCGUUUAUUGUAUGUUGUACAUUUUCACGCUUGUUAGAUCAGCUACAGUAUGUAAUAUUUCCCAUUUUGUUCACAUUAUGCUGUUCAACAUGGUCCAAAAUAAAAUGUCCGCAAACAUCUGUGGACGUUUGAGUUCUGACCAAACUGCUAUUUUCAAAAUCAAGAACAUUUCAGUUACACCUUCAGUUCAUGUUCCUAAUGCUAGAGGUGUUUUUAACAUUAAACAGCAUCUAAUUCAGAUGUUAAUGACUUCAGUAAUUCUGAGAAUGAGUUCUGGGUUUGUUCAUGUUAAUGUUAUAAAUAAUAUUAGUUAGCGUUAUUUAUUAGGAGUCUUACUGUAAAAUGACUAGCAUUUCAUCAACUAUUAUCCAUUAAGCCAACAUUUUAAACAAUAAUUAUUUAAGAUUCUCAUUAUUUAAGACAGAUCCAUGGUUCAGUCAUACAGUCAGGUCCAUAAAUAUUGGAACAUCAACACAAUUCUAACAUUUUUGGCUCUAUACACCACCACAAUGGAUUUCAAAUGAAACGAACAAGAUGUGCUUUAACUGCAGACUGUCAGCUUUAAUUUGAGGGUACAUCCAAAUCAGGUGAACGGUGUAGGAAUUACAACAGUUUGCAUAUGUGUCUCCCACUUGUUAAGGGACCAAAAGUAAUGGGACAAUUGGCUUCUCAGCUGUUCCAUGGCCAGGUGUGUGUUAUUCCCUCAUUAUCCCAAUUACAAUGAGCAGAUGAAAGGUCCAGAGUUCAUUUCAAGUGUGCUAUUUGCAUUAGGAAUCUGUUGCUGUCAACUCUCAAGAUGAGAUCCAAAGAGCUGUCACUAUCAGUGAUGCAAGCCAUCAUUAGGCUGAAAAAACAAAACAAACCCAUCAGAGAGAUAGCAAAAACAUUAGGUGUGGCCAAAAAAACAACUGUUUGGAACAUUCUUAAAAAGAAGAAACGCACCGGUGAGCUCAGCAACACCAAAAGACCCGGAAGACCACGGAAAACAACUGUGGUGGAUGGCCGAAGAAUUCUUUCCCUGGUGAAGAAAACACUCUUCACAACAGUUGGCCAGAUCAAGAACACUCUCCAGGAGGUAGGUGUAUGUGUGUCAAAGUCAACAAUCAAGAAAACUUCACCAGAGUGAAUACAGAGGGUUCACCACAAGAUGUAAACCAUUGGUGAGCCUCAAAAACAGGAAGGCCAGAUUAGAGUUUGCCAAACGACAUCUAAAAAAGCCUUCACAGUUCUGGAACAACAUCCUGUGGACAGAUGAGACCAAGAUCAACUUGUACCAGAGUGAUGGGAAGAGAAGAGUAUGGAGAAGGAACGGAACUGCUCAUGAUCCUAAGCAUACCACCUCAUCAGUGAAGCAUGGUGGUGGUAGUGUCAUGGCGUGGGCAUGUAUGGCUGCCAAUGGAACUGGUUCUCUUGUAUUUAUUGAUGAUGUGACUGCUGACAAAAGCAGCAGGAUGAAUUCUGAAGUGUUUCGGGCAAUAUUAUCUGCUCAUAUUCAGCCAAAUGCUUCAGAACUCAUUGGACGGCGCUUCACAGUGCAGAUGGACAAUGACCCAAAGCAUACUGCAAAAGCAACCAAAGAGUUUUUGAAGGGAAAGAAGUGGACUGUUAUGCAAUGGCCAAGUCAAUCACCUGACCUGAAUCUGAUUGAGCAUGCAUUUCACUUGCUGAAGACAAAACUGAAGGGAAAAUGCCCCAAGAACAAGCAGGAACUGAAGACAGUUGCAGUAGAGGCCUGGCAGAGCAUCACCAGGGAUGAAACUCAGCAUCUGGUGAUGUCUAUGCGUUCCAGACUUCGGGCUGUAAUUGACUGCAAAGGAUUUGCAACCAAGUAUUAAAAAGUGAAAGUUUGAUUUAUGAUUAUUAUUCUGUCCCAUUACUUUUGGUCCCUUAACAAGUGGGAGGCACAUAUGCAAACUGUUGUAAUUCUUACACCGUUCACCUGAUUUGGAUGUAAAUACCCUCAAAUUAAAGCUGACAGUCUGCAGUUAAAGCACAUCUUGUUCGUUUCAUUUGAAAUCCAUUGUGGUGGUGUAUAGAGCCAAAAAUGUUAGAAUUGUGUCGAUGUCCCAAUAUUUAUGGACCUGACUGUAUGUGCUUUAAUCAAAUGCUUUUAGUCAAACUUCAUCAUGUUUUUGUUUGUGCAAUUAUAUCUCGCUGUGUGAAGUGUAAUUGUAUUUUUGCUGGACAAGAGCUGUGAUAUUUUUGUGCUGUAAACAUGAUAAAUACAUUUAAUGUUAACAAACACGUUUCUCCGGAUUAUUUUCAAACUAUUUUCAUUUUCUUUUAACAACAUUUUCGUUCAAGUAUGUCUCAGAUCACACCCUUGUUAGUAGAAGUUUAAAGGGUUAGAUCAUGUUACUUAUUUUAGUUAAAGCCUUUUUUAAUACUGUGAUAAACUCCUGUAAAUGUUUUCAUGCCCAAACCGAACAAAAAAAAUCCACCAGAACAAAAAAUCACACCAGUUUCUGAUUUUCUUCACACUUGUGUGUCUGUGUUGAUAAAGAAGCUGUUCUUGUGGCAUGAGGUCCUGGUCCUGAUGGACGUUUAGGGAGGUGGAACUUCUUCAGCUGCCACAAGAAGUACAGCCUCUGCUGAGCCUUCUUGGUGAGGGAGCUGAUGUUCUGCUCCCACUUGAGCUCCUGGGUGAUGGUGGUUCCCAGGAAGCGGAAGGACUCGACAGAGGUCACCGGAGUGUCACAGAGGAUGAUGGGUGG